AUGAUCAACUCGCCUCUGAGACGGGUCCCCAGCACCGCGCCAAACCCAGACCCCACCAGCCAUGACCAAGCCGUGAGCCUCACUAAACCCAAGCGCUCGCGUGUCAGCAAUGCAAAGGCCAAGACCGGAUGCAUAACGUGCAAGAAGCGACACGUAAAGUGCGACGAGACCAAGCCACAUUGCCGCAAAUGCCUCGCCAUCCGAGGGCACUGCGAAGGCUAUGCCCCGCCAAAGAUCCCCAAACAGCGCGGUCGCGUUGCCGUUGUGGCUAAGACGGCAAAUAUGUUGCAACAGACCCUUCUCGAUCCCGAUCUUCUCGACUUCCAUGAUGCCACAGGACUGAAGUAUUUCAACGAGUUUGUCAAGUUGUCGCAGGCCCCAUGGAAUGUUGCGGCAUCCAACGGAGACCUCUGGAGUGUUUUGCUGCCACAGCUCGCUCGCGCCAAUGACACGCUUCGCCAUGCUGCCAUGGCCAUCGGCGCGGUGAGUCUGGGAGGACGAGGAACGCUUUCUAGCGAACUCCCCUUGACUCCAGCGGGCCGGGGGCCUCCGAAUUACAGCCCUCGUGAACUUCACGCUACUACGUACCUUUGCCACGCACUGAAGCUCCAAAGCCGCAGCAGCUCGGUGCAGGACACCAUCUUCCUGUCCGUUAUGCUUCUCUACUUUGAGACUCUCCGGGGUAACAUCAAGGCUGCAUUGAAUCAUGUAAACCAUGGCCUCGCGCUCCUUCUGACGCUUACUACGAGCCAAGAAGCGAACGCUCACAUCAGAAGCCUGGCCCCCAAUCCAGGACCUUUGCUGGGUGCGGUGACCAAUGUUUUUUUCACCCUCGCUGCUCAGGCACGGCACAUUCUCACCGGUCGCGUUGGUAACUGCAGGCCACUGCCACACUUUGCGAAAGGUCUUCGCCACAGAGUCUCGUUCCAAGAAGUCGGCGCCUUCCUUCCCCUCUUCCAAAGAAUCAUGCUGCAAUCCCACGACUCGAAAGACUACCUCCGCGCCCUCCACCUCCGCCUCCAGUACCUCGGCGUAACCCUUUUCGAGAACGCGCCCCAGUUCCUCAGCAUCGACUCGGUGCGGGCGCUGACACCCCUGUUCCGCGAAUUCCUCACCACCGCCUCGGCCGCGCUGCGCGCCGCCCGUCUGACGACCGACAAGCCCGCGUACGGCACGUCCCUGCAGUGCGGGCUGUCCAUGUGGCUCUUUGGCACGGCGCUCUUUUGCCGCGACGCCGUGGUUCGGGACGAAGCCGUCGUCAUGCUAAGUGAGUAUCCCGGUCAGGAUGGGCUCUGGAGCACACGUGCGCUGCAUUUGCUCGCCGUGCGGAACCGAGACGUGGAGAAGGCGAAUGCGGUCGAAGGGAGCGACGCGGAGCAAUGGGCGCGACUAUGGCGGCGGAGUACGCCUUGGAAGAGGGCGGCGCCGAAGUCAUCUUCCGGUACAUGGAACGCCAUGAGCAUGCACCGGGUUGGGCCAUGGUAG